AUGAGGUUCACAAUUGCGAUCCUGACUAUCGCUAUACUAGCAGGCGGCUCUCUGGCUGCCCCGCGCAGCGGCCUUAUUGACCGCCUGCAGGCCCGUGGCGCUCUGUCACGUCAGUCACUACCUGCUGAAAAGAAGGGUGUUCUACUCAAGGAGGGAACCGAAGGUGCCAAUGUACAAUACAGUAAGAAUUGGGCUGGAGUAGUGCGCGCGAAUCCACCUGCCAGUGCUACCUACACCGCUGUGUCUGCAACGUUCAAUGUCCCCGAGCCUACAGCCACCGAUGACUCUGGUGAUAUCCAGGCUGUAUCCGCCUGGGUCGGUAUUGAUGGUGAUACUUAUACGAAGGCCAUCCUACAGACUGGCAUCGAUUCCUAUCUCCAGGAUGGCAAACAGACAUUUGACGCGUGGUACGAGUGGUAUCCAUUGAGUGCGGAGAACUUUGACCUUGAAUUGUCCGCAGGCGAUGUUAUCGUCGCGAAGGUCGAGUCAUAUUCACCCAGCAAGGGUGUUGCUAUUAUCGAGAACAAGUCGAGCGGCCAAAGAGCUACUAAGACUCUAUCUGCUCCCUCCAGCUCCGCAACCCUUGCUGGCCAGAAUGCUGAAUGGAUAGUUGAGGACUUCAAUACCGGUAACAGCAUGGUUCCCUUGGUUAAUUUUGGCACGGUCGACUUUACCGGUGCCCGGGCCGAGGCUGGUGGUACGAAGUAUGGUGUCAAAAACGCUGCCGUUCUGGAUAUCCAGCAGAAUGGCGAUGUGAAGGCCCAUGUGGAAAUCCAGAGUGACACUCAUUUCUCUGUUAGCUACCAAUAA